AUGUAUAUUUGCUUUGGUGCCAUGAAAAAUGGGUUCUUAGGUGGCGGCAGGAAGAUCAUAGCAUUAGAUGGUUGCUUUCUUGAGGGUUUAUGCAAGGGAGAGUUACUUGCCGCUGUUGGGAGGGACGCAAAUGACCAAAUGUACCCUAUUGCAUGGGUAGUGGUUGAAGUUGAGUUGAGAAGUUCUUGGGAUUGGUUUCUGAAAGAGUUAAAAGACGAUUUAUGCAUUGAGGAAGGGGCUGGUUGGGCCUUCACUUCAGAUCAAAUGAAGGGUCUUGUUCCAGCAAUAGUCGAACUCUUCCCUAAUGCUGAGCAUCUAUUUUGUGCACGACAUAUAUACAGCAAUUGGAGGAAGAAGUUCAGGAAUCGAGCAUGGGAGAAGAUGUUUUGGGCAUGUGCCAAGGGACCACUCCAAUUUCAUUUGACAGAGCAUGGAAAAGAUCAUCUACUGAAAAUAAAGAAGCUGCAACUGCAUUGUUGUCAAUAG